CCGAAAACCAAAACAAACCCCGCGAUUUUAACUUUCCGCGUUUUAGUUGUUCAAUUUUCUCCGAGAUUUUCAGCUGUUUUCGGUGGUGAUUUGUGUUUCUUCCAUGACCCAGCUGCGCAACAGGUGCUCGGUCCCGUGUACACCAUGGAAGAAUCCAUCGAGCACAGCCCGAACCAGCAGCGGACCAGAAGGUCAGGCUACCGGUCCAUGGUUCGGAAGCGGCACUCGCGGAUUUGGAACGAGUCCAGCGAGCGAUCGGUGGCCAGUCCGGCGCGGAGGGUUUCGGAGGAGAGUUGCCCCGUUGCGGUGAGCAGUAAUUUGAUUUAUUUCGAUGUGAACACCGAGCGGAUUGAGUUGAGCGAUGCGGAUCCGUUGGCUCAGGCUGCGGUGCUGGAGAAGGCCAAUCGACUGGAGCGGGAAUCGGUGGUGCAGCCGUCGCAGGAGUUUCUGAGGAAUGUGCGGAAUAAGUUUGUCAAGAUAGAUGAAGUGAUUGAGGUGGAUGGAGUUCCGGAUUUCGAAGAGGAGAAAGGGCCCGUGCAGGUUAAACUGGAACCGGUGCAACCGAGUACUUCUAAGGUGAAGGCAAAUUAUAGCUACACUCAGUUCGAUUUGGACACGCAAAUGCUGGACAUUUUGGAGGGCGCCGACAUGCUGGCAGGGCUGGGAAGCUGUCCCGAGCAGCAGGAGCUGAAGGAGUGGAGCAGUCCGCCGAAAGAGGAAGUGAAAAAUGAACCGGUGGAACGAAAGCAUUCCAAACGAAGGUCGAAGGUUGAGAAGAAUAGACGAUCGAAACGGUACAUGGAUGUUAGGCAGUCUUCUUUCACGAGAGAUGUUUCAAUUGCACCCGACUUUCCCACACACCCAGCCGACCUCAGCGCAUCAAUCGUGCUCGACUUCGAGUCCGACUCGGACGCAGACUUUGUCGUCGACUACUCGCGAAUCAUGUCCACUCCGCUGCGUCGCCGGCUGGCGCAAAUCCAAAAUCACAUCGAAAGUCCCCCGCAGCAGGUCAACCGCGCCAGUAUCAAACGAACCUUCUCCAGGAGGCGAAAGUCUCCACCAAUCGCAGACAGUCCCCAAACGCCUCCACCCGCCGUCGUUCGACGGCUAAGUAUGGACAGCAAAGCCUCCGAACGAAACGAGCUGUCCUCGGAUGAGGAAAUGGCCGCCACCCAGAUCGACCCGGAAGGUUUGAUUCCGCUGGAACCGAGUCCGGAAAAGGAAAGCUUUAACGCGAGUCUGCUCAUCAAGGCGAACAUCAACCAGCUGUCGCAGUUUUUCUCGCAAUCCGUUGAUGUUCCAGACAAGUCGAAAAGCACUUCCCGGGAGGCAUCGUUUCAUACGGUGGCACCUCUGCCGUCGUCACCGCCGAUUUCACUCUCUCCUACCGGAUCACCGCGAACGGUGAACAUCGAAUGGUUGUUCAGAAGUGAGACGGAGACGUCGGAAUCGAAGUCGUCGUGCGGUUCCAGUUUCGAGGAAGAGCAAGAAAAAGAUGAUGAAGUUGUAGUCAAAGCGGAACCGGACGAGGCUCUGCAUCGGAUGCUGGACGAUGACGAUGAGUUUCUUGUGCAAUUGCCGGCCACGCAGAAGGAAGUGGUUCCGAAGGAAAUCGUUGAAAAGAAAGUGGGCGAGAAAGUCGAUGGCGGCUGCGAGAGCGGUUUUGUGAAAAGACCCCAAUUCAUCGAACCAACCCAUCCACCUGUCUCACCAGAACCAGGUCCCUCAUUCGCCAACGUUCCUCCACCACCACCCACUUUCAACGGCGUCGGCGGUGGCUUCCAAACUGCCAGCGGCAGCGGCAUUCGCGUGUCGGCAGCGUCCCUCGCCAAAGCCCGCUCAAUUUGGCACGAGGAGGACGCCAAGCUCGCUCGGGACGAAUCCUGGCAGAAGGUGCUUGCGCUCGAGGUUGACAAAUGUGAGCCAACUGCUGCUGCAGGGGGAUUUCAAACGGCACGCGGUGGAACGAUAAAGAUUUCAAAGGAGGAGCUUGUUAGGGCUGAAACGAGACUUCAGGAGGUUGAACGGGAGGUCGAAGGUGGUCAACGGGAGGAACCCAUGUCGUUUGGGUUUAAAACUGCCAAAGGUGGUGGAAUUACAGUUUCGAAGGAAGCUCUCGAGAAAGCUGAAACGCGACUCCAGCAGGUUGAACGAGAGGUCGAACGAGAUUUUUGUGAAGAACCGACUUCGUUUGGAUUCAAAACCGCCAAAGGUGGUGGAAUUGCAAUUUCGAAAGAAGCUCUCGCGAAAGCUCAGCAGAGACAGCAACAGUUCGAGCUCGUGGAUGAGGGCACAUGCGCAGAUCAACCGGUUUCAUUCGGAUUCAAAACAGCGAAAGGUGGUGGAAUUGCCAUUUCGAAGGAAGCUCUUGCAAAAGCUCACCAGAGGCAGCAGCAGUUUGAACUCGAAGCCGAAAGUGCGACACCGACGAAAACUGGAGAAAAUUCCGCUCUGACGAGAGCCCAAAAGAUUCUCCACCAGGUGGAGCACCAAAAUGAGAGUGCAUCACGGCGAAAAGCUUUCGUACCACCAGUCCAGAAGGCUUGCGAACCCGCCCCAGAAGAUUCAACCUCAAAACGCCUUCCAGACGACGAACUCGAUCCGGAAACGCCGCUAAAACGUCCAAAACCAAACCGACCUCCUCUGGCCAGCUUCUCGACCAGCACCCCAAACCUGACGGCGGCGUCACGGCGGCCGGAACAACCCGCCAACGACGUCGAAAUGGCCGACUUCUUCAACGACCUGGACGACCGCCACUUUCACGAGCUGUUCUGCGAGGAGGAGGAGCAAGAACCUCCAAAAGAUCGCCGCACGCGUCCCCCGCUGAGGCAGGUCCGGCUGGCCAGUCGCUUCGAGGAGUGCGAAGAGCAGCAACGGCCCGGAAGUGCCCAGUGGGACGACAGCUUUGGCGAGGUGGUUGCGAAGCUGAGUUCCGACGGUACGUUGGUGGGGGGAGCGGUGAAGGUGGCCCAGCAGGUGUUGGAUGCGAGGCGGCUGGCGAGGGAGAGGCAGCGCGAGUGUGGCGAUGGGAGGACCAAGCCGGAACAGGAGCGGAGGCCGAGGUUGUACGAGUUUGUCAGGCGGAAGAAGCAGCAGAGUGGGCGGAUCAGUUUGAGGGCGUUUGUGGGAGGGGAGAGAGUGGGUGGUGGUGCGGGUGAUGGUGGUAGCAGCAGAGGUGUCGCGGAACGGAUAAGGAUGCUGAGCGUGGACAAUGUGGCCGAGUUUAAGUUUGAGGUGGAGGCGUUUUAUGGCAAACAAUUUGCUCAGGAAAACACCACCGGAAUCCCCCUCGGCGAUCCGGACGCCCUGAUUCACGUCAUCCUGGACGACAACAGCCACGUCGGUCUUCCGGAAUUCACUUCCGCCUUCCUUGCCGCUCCCGGAAUUGACCCCACUCUCGUACCUUCCGGAUGGAUCGUUAACGCUUGGAAGUGGAUCCUGCUCAAGCUUGCUUCCAUGGAACGGCAGCUACCGAAGCUCUUUUGCGACGUCACAAGUCCGGUAAAUGUGCUCGAUCAGUUGCUGUUCCGGUACCACGUGGAAAUCGACUGUGCCAAACGAUCGGUGAUUCGGAAGAUGCUGGAAAAGGACGACGUGCCCGGAAAGCGGAUCGUUCUGUUUGUGUCGCGGGUAUUCCGUGGACAGAACCCGUUCGAGGCGGAGGUUGAACUGUGCGACGGAUGGUAUCCGAUUAGGACGGUGCUGGAUUAUCCGCUGACGGAGGCCGUCCUCGGGGGACGGAUUGUGGUGGGGACCAAGCUGAUGAUCCAAGGUGCCGAGUUGUUGAACUUGAACGAGGGUUGCGCACCGUUGGACGUUCCGGUUGACGUUCGGUUACGAAUUCACGCCAAUUCAACCCGAAGGGCACACUGGUUGGCCAAGCUGGGGCUGUACCAGGUGCCCACAAGCUUCCUGGUGUCGUGCAAUCACAUCGCCGAUCGGGGUGGGCUCGUGGUGCGGCUGCAGCUGUUCGUGGUGCGCGUCUAUCCGCUGAUGUACGUGGACAAGUCGCAGGGUUCUUCGGUGCUGCGGUCGGGACGGGUCGAAAGAAGACGCAAUCUCGCGAGUGAUGCGAACCGUUUUGACAACUUUCAGAAGCUGUGCAGUCAGGUGCAGAAAGAGCUCGAGAGUGAACGGGCGGCGGUGCGGAGGAAUGGACGGAUGACGGUGACGAGGUCGACCACGACGGCCGAAUUGUUGGAGAUGGUUGAGGCCGGGCUGGAUUUGUCGUACAUUGAGUACGACAUCUCGGCGACGCAACGUGAUGCGAUAGUGGACCUGCAGCGCCGCAUGCAGGAGGAAACCGCUCAGGAGGUCAACCGGCGCGUCAAAACCCUUAUGGCAAGUGGUGGCAACGGCAACAAGAGGGCCAUCGACGGGGGUGCGUCCGAAUCAGGCAGUCGCAUGGUCACUCCUUUGCUCAAAGUUCGCGUGGUUGACGCACGGAAGCCGGAGAAAACCUUGCUGAUGUCGAUUUGGGGUCCACCGGAAGACUUGGGUGAGGUUGUGCAGGAGCGAAGGGUUUUGGAGGUGGUGAAUUUGACUGCGAAUGGGAGCAAAAACGGCGAAAUUCAGCUGAAAGCGGGUAAGAGUACCAACUAUCGAGUGCUGGACCGGAUGCAGUUUGAUCUUCCCGAGGGACAUUUUCGAAGGUUGACAAAGAUUGUAGAUGUUGAUCGGAGUAGUUUUCAACCGCUGUACAACGAGUUUGACACGGUGGGGGUGGUGGUUUACGUGGGCAAUUCGGACACGAAAAAGUUCCAGAUUGCUUACCUUGCCGACGCAAGCAUGAACUUGCUCGGCGUUCACUUCUGGUCCGGGAUCAAAGAGUACGCCUAUGAAGACGUGGUAAAAGAACGAUCGCUUCUUUGCGUCUCAAAUUUACAAUGGCGAUCGUUCAGCCAGCAAAGCACGAUUCCCAGCUCAUACGCGACCGAAUACACCACCUUCAGCGAGCACCCAAAGGCGGACCACCUCAAGGAAGAACUUCGAACGCUGAAAGCGACCCUCGAAAGCAUCGACCUCGAGCAGUUCUACCGAGACUGCACCGAAAAAAUCACGUCCGCGAAAGACAAAAAACUUCCCCGAUCGAGCAGUUUCAACACGCCCCUCCGCAACUCCAGUGGCGGUGGCACUCCGGCGCGAACUCUGCUUGGCAGCUGUAACGCGCGGACACCGAACAAUUACGCGCCCUCGCUAGUUGGCCAGCCGGUUAGUUUGCAAAAGCGCAAAAUGGAACUGCUGGCGGCGGCUUACCGGAGUCCGCCGAAAAAGUCGCCGAUUGUUUUGCGGAGGAAUCCACGCGCCGGGAAGAACUUCAAGACGCCGAUGAGGUUGGAGGAGAAAAUAGAGCGGGCGCUCGCGAAUGAUUAAGUUUUGUAAAUGUUUUGUUUGUUAUCGUUAUCCGAAUGAGUAAAAACCUUUGUGAUUGACUCGA